ACCCUCCACUCAGUUUCUCGCUAAUUUCCCCCCCUUCUUCCCCUCAUUUCCGCCCCUUCUUUUCUUAAUUUCCUCCCCUCCUUCCCCUCGUUUUUUCCCAUCCUUUCCCCCAUUUCCUCCCAUCCCUUCCCUCAUUUCUCCCCCUACUUCUCCUCAUUCCUCCCCCUGCUUCCACCCAUUUCCGCCCCUGCUUCCUCUCGUUUCCUGCCCUCCUUUCCUUCCCCUCCUUUCCCCCGUUUGUUCCCAUCCUUUCCCUCGUUUCUCCCCGCUCCUUCCCCUCGUUACAUAUUCCCCUACUUUCCCUCAUUUCCCCCCCUGCUUUCCCUCACUUCCCCCCCUGCUUUCCCUCACUUCCCCCCCCUGUUCUCCUCAUUUCCGCCCCUCCUGCCAAUCAUUUCUCCCCCUACUUCCCCUCAUUAUCCGCCCUCCUUCCCGUCAUUCCUUGGUCUCUAACAUUUCCCCCACUCCGUCCCCUCAUUUCCCCCCAUCCUUCCCCUCAUUUCCCUCCCUCUUUCCCCUCACUCCCUGGUUCCCCUCAUUUCCCCCUCUCCUCAUCUUCAUUUCCGCCGCUCCUUUCCCUCAUUUCCCGCCCACCUCCCCCGCAUUUCACCCCCUCCCCCCCAUUUCCCGCCCUCCUUCCCCUCAUUCCCUGGCUUCCCUCAUUUCCCCCAAUCCUUCCCGUCAUUUCCCCCACUACUUCCCGUCAUUUCCCCCCCUCCUUCCCGUCAUUUCCCCCACUCCUUCCCGUAAUUCCCCCCACUCAUUUCUCUCAUUUCCCCCACUCCUUCCCAUCAUUUCCCCCCCUCUCUCUCAUUUCCCCUCCUCCUUCCCGUCAUAUCCCCCACUCCUUCCUGUCAUUUCCCCCACUCGUCCCCGUCAUUUCCCCCCCUCCUUCCCGUCAUUUCCCCCACUCCUUCCCGUAAUUUCCCCCACUCAUUCCCCUCAUUCCCCCCACUCCUUUGCGGAUUCACGGGGAUAA